AAACUUCCCCCUGUCUUUCCUUUCUCUUCUCCAAAAUUUAUCUUUUUUUCUUGUGUGAUCCACUGACCCCAUCAAAAUCAUGUGGCUUUGUUCCUUUUGUUAAUAUCUGCAAACAAACCAUAAAGCUGGCACCUUUUUUCUCUCUAGUUUCACAAUUUCUUGAAAAAUUUCUAAACUUUAGAUCCCAAUAUUCACAUCUCUUUUUGUGCAUGAUUAUUAUUCACUUUCCUUUUUACACUUUCUGUAAGAUGCUCCUUUAAUCUUUUUUCUUUUUACACUUUCUGUAAUUUACCCAACUGUGUGAUUUUCUUGGAUUUUCCAGAAAGUCUGAAAAUGGGGUUUGCUUAAUUGUCAUAAAGGUUGGAUUUUUUGGUUUGUUAAUAGUUGAAAGUUGAGUGCUUUACUUUGUUGUCAAAAUGCCUCCAAAUUAUUUUCCUUUGAGAUGGGAAAGCACAGGGGAUCAAUGGUGGUUUGCUUCUCCUAUUGAUUGGGCAGCAGCAAAUGGUCAUUAUGAUCUAGUGAGGGAGUUGCUUCACUUAGACACUAAUUUACUCAUAAAGCUCACAUCUUUACGUAGAAUAAGAAGGCUUGAGAGUGUUUGGGAUGAUGAAGAACAGUUUGAUGAUGUUGCAAAAUGUAGGUCUGAAGUUGCUAAAAAACUUCUCCUUGAAGGUGAAACAAAGAAAGGACAUAAUUCUUUGAUUAGAGCUGGAUAUGGUGGUUGGCUUCUUUAUACUGCUGCUUCAGCUGGGGAUGUGGAGUUUGUUAAACAAUUAUUGGAAAGAGACCCUUUUUUGGUGUUUGGUGAAGGUGAGUAUGGUGUUACUGAUAUGUUUUAUGCAGCUGCUAGGAGUAAAAAUUCUCAAGUUUUUAGGUUGUUGCUUGAGAGUAGUAAAGGGGAAUCAGCAGAAGAGGUUUCUUCCACUUUUCAGUUGGAAUUGAUGAAUAGGGCAGUUCAUUCUGCAGCUAGAGGGGGAAAUGUGGAGAUGUUGAGAGAUAUUCUUGGAAAUUGCUCUGAUGUUUUGGUUUAUAGAGAUGCUCAAGGAUCUACUCUCUUGCAUUCUGCUUCUGGUAGAGGUCAGGUUGAGGUUGUUAAGAGCUUACUGGAAAGGUAUGACCUUAUCAACUCCAGAGACAACCAAGGAAACACUGCACUGCAUGUAGCUGCUUAUAGGGGUUACUUAGCAGUGGUGAAAGUUCUUAUAUCUGUCUCUCCUUCAUCUACCACAUUGAGAAACAGUUAUGGAGACACGUUCCUUCACAUGGCUGUAGCUGGCUUUCGGACCCCAAGUUUCCGCAGGCUGGAUCGACAAAUGGAGUUAAUGAAACAGUUGGUACGCGGGAAAAUUAUAGAGAUUGAAAACAUUAUUAACAUUAGGAACAAUGAUGGUCGAACUGCUCUUCACUUGGCUGUAAUUGAGAACAUUCAGACUGAUGUUGUGGAACUCCUCAUGACUGCAUUUUCAAUAAAUUUAAAUAUCCGUGAUGCUGACGGAAAUACUCCACUGGAUCUCCUCAAGCUACACCCGCAAUCUGCAUCUUCUGAGAUAUUGAUUAAGCGCCUCAUUUCAGCUGGAGGAAUUUCGAAUUGCCAAGAUCAUAUGACAAGAACUGUCCUAGCUUCUCACCUGAAGAUGCAGGGUAUUGGAGGUAGUCCUGGUGCCUCUUUUAGGAUCCCCGACGCUGAAAUAUUUCUGUAUGCUGGCAUUGAUAAUGCUUCUGAUGCCAAUAGUGAUUGUGCCAGCACAGAAAUUGCUUCGUGCUGGGGUGAACCGAGCCCUUGCCAUUCUGCUGCAGGGUCAAACUCAUCAAACAAGCUGAGCUCAGUUAACAAUGCUGCUAGACGCUUAAAAUUUCUUCUACGAUGGAAAAGGAAGAAAGAACGAAAAGAAGAAACUGGAGUCUUAGAAGACAAUAUGUCUGUAGAAUCUUACAGACUGUAUUCUGGCUUUGGACACCAGCCGAUUCCUCUUCGACAAAGAUUCUCGAGGAUGUCAUCACUUCCAAACAACAAAAGAGUGCUCCCUGUCCAAAACAGUCUUCCAAGUCCAUCCACCAAAGAGAAAUUUGCAGCCGGGCUGAUGCAUGGUGUUAUCCAAAUGACACCACAGUCAUCUUAUGGAUCACCAUCGAGUGCUUAUUCUGAAUCUUCCUGGUCAUCUCCAGUGGUUGUCAACAAAGAGAAGAGACUGGAUUUUGGCAACACGAGCGGAGGAUCCUCUAGCUUAAAAAUGUCAAACAGUAGGGAAAAGUCGAAACUAUCACGUAAACAUGGCUCCUUCAACAUGAAGUUAAUGAAUCAGUACUUCUGUUUCGGAGCUCAAGGCCUCGCUGUGGAAAGUUCUGUUAAUUGUGCACAACAAGAUCAGCAUCACAGGCAUCCAGUGGUAGCAUGAGUUCCAAUAUUGCUACAUUUAUUCUAUAUGAUGUCAUUGGACAUUGCCUAUGUACACCUUACCGUAUGUUGUUGUUGUUGAAGUAUACAUCCAUCCUGUAAAUAGUUCUAAGUAUUACAAACUUUUUGGAUGGUCCAAUCCCUUUUGUCUUGUAUGUGUUUUAUUUAGGUGUGGUCAGAAAUUAAAAGUUGGAGCAAAUAUUUGUAAUUUCUACUCAAAUAAAAAGAGCAUGUAAUUUCUUUCUUUGAUUAA